CGUUUGCCGCGGUGCGUUGUGCAGGCAGCGCUUCCGUUGCUGGAGCCGCCGUCUGUGGCUGCAGUAGUUGUUGUUGUUGUUGUCCGUGUCUCCUCUGUCCGUCUUCAUGUCGGCCCAGAGGCCCGGCCGUCGAGGCCGCAGCGGCAGCGGGAGCCGCGGGCGGGUGCGGCUCGUUUACCGCUCGUUACAGAGCGCCCAGGAUUACCUGGAGAGCGGGGAUCACGGCACGGCCUUCGCCCACUACCUGCUGCUGCUCAACCUGGCGCCGGAGCUGAAGGAGAUCAUCAGGGAAUCAUUCCAAAAUACUCUUUUUAAAUGGGCAGAAGAACUUAAUUCCUUAAGUCGAAUUCAGGAUAUAUUUGACUGCUAUGAACAGGCGUUGGAGCUCUACCCCAAUAAUGACGUCAUAUGGAACAGUAUGGGGGAACAUUUAUUUAGCAUGGGGUUCCGAGAUGAAGCUGCCGGCUAUUUCCACAAAGCCAUCAAGCUCAAUCCCGACUGUGCAGAUGCAAGGGAGAAUUUUUAUCGUGUUGCCAACUGGUUGGUGGAGCGGUGGCAUUUUUUAAUGCUGAAUGAUAAAAAGAGGAAUAUUGCCUAUCAGAGAGCAAUUCAGAAAGCUGUGCAAUCUGGCUGUAUGUCUGUGCUGGAUAUCGGAACAGGAACUGGCAUUCUCAGUAUGUUUUCAAAAAAGGCUGGAGCUUGUCAAGUGUAUGCUUGUGAACUGUCCAAGACUAUGUAUGAACUUGCCUGUGAAGUGGUCGCUUCGAAUCAAAUGGCCGGUGAGAUCAAGAUUCUGCACAUGAAAUCACUGGACGUGGAAAUUCCCAAAGACCUCUCCAGCAGGGUGUCGCUUGUUGUCACAGAGACUGUUGAUGCUGGACUGUUUGGUGAAGGAAUUGUGGAGAGUUUGAUACAUGCAUGGAAAUAUCUUCUUCUGCCACCAAAGCCAGUGGGACAUGAAGGUCCAACAGAGGGAUUUGGUCGUGUUAUCCCAUUGCACGCUGUUGUAUUUGGCAUGGCAGUGGAAUGUAAAGAUAUCCGCAGACAUCACAGGGUUUGCAUUACUGAUGUUGGUGGGAUACAGGUGAAUGAAGCAAUAACCUGGUACAGCCCAGUCAAUAGUAAGCUUUGUAAUGGUGAUGCUGCUGAACCUUACACCACUGAACGAAUGAGGCAAGUACCAGGUGGAUACACGCCUCUGACUGAUCACUUCCAGGCCAUGACAAUUGAUUUCAACAGUCUACAGGACUUGGAAGAACUGACAGACAGGAAACCUUGUCGACUUUGUCUGCCAGUAAUUAAGGAGGGUAUGCUGGAUGCAAUUGUCGCCUGGUUUGUUCUGCAGCUAGAUGACGAGACCAGUCUCUCCACUGGCCCUGAUGAAGAAACCUGUUGGGAACAGGCUGUGUAUCCAAUACAGGGUGUGCUAGGUCAAACAGUGAAAUGUGGCGAUACUCUAGUAGUUGAUGUUUCCUGCAAGAACUCUUACCUGGUUUUUCACAGUAUCGCGGUGUUGACCCAGGAAAACAGGAAAGAAAUCGAAACGAAUACUGCGAGUGAUCAUCUUGCAUGUGAAGCUGAACUGUGUAAUGCUUUGGCCAAUCUUCAGACCACGAGUGACCCUGGAAUGACCCUUCAGUGCAUGCUUGAAUCAUCAGAAAUAGCCCGUCUCAAUAAUACUCAUUACAAUGAUCAUUUCAAAUCAGCUCUAAGCAGUAUAUUAUCGUCAUUAAUGCCAAUGGACAAUGGAACCCAUUUCUCACAGAUUGGGGAUGACAGAAACAGAGAUAUGAAUUGUGAAAAUACCAACUUCCAUAAUUCUUCAGAUCCAACCUUUGACACGUUGUACCUGUUGGAUGUAUCAGAGGGGUUUUCAAUGUUGCCAUUGAUUGCUGCUAAGCUGGCACCCAUUAAAGUUUUCAGUUCCUUGGAGAAAACACAGCAGCAAGCUACACUAAGCACUCUAGCAGAAUCGAACAACAUUUCCAAAGAUCAGCUCGAGUUUUGGCAUAACUAUCUGGAUGAUGACUCUACAUUAUUACAAAGGCCUCAGUCAGGCAAACUUUGGAGUGUGAUUAUUCUCGAUUCUAUUGAGACGUGUGGACUUAUACGUCGGCUAGUGGAGAAAGCAGCUCUUGCAAGAUGUUUGCUUCGACCUGAAGGAAGAUUGUUGCCUCAGUGUAUAACAAUAUAUGGAAUGCUCAUCGACUCCGAGGCUUUACAGCAAGAAAGUGCUGUUCAAGGAAAAGAACCCACAUUGGGGUUGAAUAUUGCACCUUUCAUCAACCAAUUCAAGGUACCAAUCCACGUAUUCUUGCAUUUAUCCACUUUACGUUAUGUUCAACUCAGUGAGCCAGUGGAACUAUUAAAGCUGGAUCUGUUGGGCCUCGUCUCUGAUGAAGUGUGCAGUGAAAUCAAGGUUAAAGUGCACUCUUCUGGAAGUUUAACAGCAAUUCCAUUUUGGUAUGAAAUUUAUCUGGAUAUGGACGUCAGUCUGAACACAUGGUGUGAAUCUUCUCAUUGGAAGCAGGCUGCCUUUGUUCUGGAUAAUCCAAUACAAGUUAACUCAGGAGAUGAACUUUUAUUAAACAUUUGCUAUCACAAGAGUAAUAUCUCAAUGACUGUAAACCGCGUUUAGCAAUAUUUUUUCACUGUUAAAAAGAUUUCAAUAGAAUCGGUCCAUUUCCUAGUGUAAAGUAUCCCUAAAAAAGGGGGAAGUUAAAUGUAUUAAAAUUUUCAUGAAUGAAUGAAAUUUAUUUCCAUAAAUAA